GACCUGGUGAUGAAGGCAUCGAAAAAGAUAGAUGACGGUUCAGCAGGUAUAGAAUGCUGGAAGAAUGGCUUGAUGCUAUACACUGCGUACACAACGGAAGAGUUUCACCAAGUGAGAAAUGUACUCAUAGCCAAUCCGAGCAUUUACGACAAGGACCUCAUGGUGGGAUUCAGGAACUCGAGAUGGACGGACUUCCUGGGUUUUAGCCGCGAUCCGGACGCCUCCGAAUGGUUCAAGAAUGACGGCAAAUCUUGCGCGAUGCUCAAGAAAGGCGAAGCCUUCAAACUAGAAUCUGAAGACUGCACCACUGCGAAGGAAGUCCUGUGCAUUACUCUUCCAGGAGAUUGCCUGCCUUACUACCGAGUCGUGGACUCGGUCGAAGUGGCUCAGUGCGCAUUUAGCACCUGGGAAGAAGCAGACAACCUUUGCUGGAAGAAUGGAGGCCGGAUCUACACAGCUGCCACAAGUAACGAAAUGAUAUCACGUGGCGAGCUACUGGAGAAACAUUAGCUCGUCCUUCAAAGGUUACCAGGACCCCAUGUGGGUGGGGGUGCGCAAGGGAACGUGGAAUUUGACCGGGCGUGUGACGGACAACGCCGAAUGGUCCAGCGGAUCGCUCACCUCGACUGAUCAGGCCAUUGAUAAGUGUGCAUCCAUUGAAAACGGCAACAACUACCUUCUCCAAUCCUACGACUGCACUUUACCAAAACGCGUUCUAUGCAAGAAGCAGGUAUGUGCCGUGUCUGGAUACGAAAUGAUCCCUGGCAUUGGAUGCUCCAUAAAAGUAGGACCAUCAGCAUGGGCUCAGGGGACACAGUCGCCAUGUACAGACAACGGGGGAAGUUUAUUCUCUCCAGCAAGUGGUGCAGAAUUGACCUCAUUGCUCAAGUUCCUCAGAGAGGGAAGCAGCUCCUUCAGUGAGGACCUGUGGAUAAAUGCCUCUGGGAUGAGCGCAACGUUCUGGGCUGAUGGAGUCGUCACGGCGCUGGUUGGUGGUGUUACCUGUGGAUAUCUUAAGAAAGACAGCAACUUUCUCCUGAAAACGGAUAACUGCACUCAAGCGAAGGCAAUGCUCUGCAGGAUUCCCAAGCCCCAGUAACUUUAAAAGAUGCAAUUCACUCUGCAACGUGACCUUCGCUCCAGGACGAACCAGCCACUCCAAAUGGGGCGCCUCGAUACUAAUAAAGAAGCAUAACGCCCAUCUUACGAGAUACGUUCAUCGGCGCACACGAAACGAUACGAUCUACAUCCAGCUGUUAGGAAGUCUUUUAAGUCACAUAUUGCCACUUAUUAAAAUCUAAUUCCUUUCUUUGCCGAUGCUUCUUAUUAAUAU